GAGUUCUAGUACCACAACUAUACAGAGCAGUGAUGAAGAGAUAGAUGUUCAAGGUCAAGUGAGAGGUAGGGGCAGAAACCGUGGAAGGGGGAGAGGUGUUCGAGGAAGAGGCAGAGGAGGCAGGGGGAGAGGUAGAGGAGGCAGGGGAAGAGGUAGAGGAGGAGGACCAUCAAGAGAUGAAGUUGCCCUUGAUCAAAUCAAUAGAAGGAGUGAAGUUUUACGGGAACACAUUUCAAUUAUGGAGGUGGAUGAACUUCGAGAACUGUGCCUAACGAUGGCAGAAAAACAACCUGGUCUAGUUCACGAUAUCAUGCAUCCUCCUACCCAACAAGGGGGCUACCACCCACAACCUGGCGGGACUUGCCCAAACUGGUGUGUUUGUGGAAAUUGCCGGCAGAUGCCAACAGAAAGGGAGAAAGUGUGCUGUGGGAAAGAGCAAUGCAUAACUCUUUUACCAGACUUCUCGGUGCUAAUUCUCGAUGAAGCUGUGCUAGCCCUUGCCAGACUAUAUAGGAGAGACAUUUUGGUCUUCAAUGAUGAAGUGGACGAGAGAAAAGGCAACCGUCACCAAGCGUACCGACAGUAUAUCUUGUGGACCUAUGGCAGACUAGGUGCAGGGGACAGACGGGUCAUUCCAUCCUGCGCGGUUUGGUCUAUUAGAGACAAGUUUCCUGACCCUUUUGGUCAAUACACUGGAUUUGUUGCAGGGCGAAUAUAAAUGUACAUAGCCAAAUAUAAUAUAUAUAUAUGUGUUUGUAAAUGUAAUUGUAUAUAUACUAACCUUAAAAUUAUGAUAGCCAGUUGUAUAUUAUUUUAAUACUGCUAGUCCAAUAUUGUUAUUCUCUAUAAAUAUCCUAGAUUUUUUUUUUUUUUUUGGUAUUGCAACUAUGAAGUUGAAAUAUUUUUACAUCCUCGUAGCCAUGUUUAAAAAUUUACCUAUAUCUUAGUAAAAAUGAACUAUUAUCAGUCACUUUUGAUUUUUUACACAUUGUUCAUAUCUUUAUCAAUAAUCUGUUGUGGUAAAAGAUUGAAGAAAUUGUUGUAACAAGAAUAAAUUUUCUAGGUCUUUUAAA